UCCAUACAAGAACGGCUCUCAUUUCUUGACAGGUUAAAAUUAUAUGUUUUUUAAUCAACAGGUUGUUUUGCCUGAUCAGGUUCUCAUCUUGGUGCCUCUUGUCAUAGCUCGCUGUGACCGCGCAGACUCGGAUUGGACUUCCUGCUUGCGACGUUAAAGCUAACUUUGCUAGCAGUGAGAUGUUAAGCGGGCUAAUAGUUCGUCGACCAAAAUCAAAGGAUUCAACACUGCAGUUGGUUGUUUAAGUAGAAUGUGUCGCUGCCUUGAGUUGUAUUUUUUGUAAAGUAAUGUUUGUCAUGUCAAUUUGCUGCAUUCUACUGUAGACUUCCCGCCCCCAUGCGUUGAUAGCGACGUAUGACAGUUAAGCGCCAUUUCCUGCUUAGGAGUGCGCAUGUGUAGACAGCACUACGUUUUCCGGUUUAUGAAACCAAUACGAAAACACGCACGCAUGAGUCUUCACCAUUUGACCGAAACACUUGAAAUACUGAGGCUGACAAGUGAGGAGACAGAAGUAUUUGAAUGGCUGCUGAUGUAAACAUGAGAGACCAGUUGAACCAUAUCCACACACCUCACCCUGGACAGGCGUAAUCGCCAUUUCACAGUUCACAAGCUGCUUUAUAGCCUUUUGUUUCCAAAUGUAUCCCAUCAAUCGUGAUAUUCUGAUUGACACCACUCCAAACAGAUGGAUACAAGUGAGUCCUGCCACGCGUCUAAAAUACCUCCCGGUUGGAUCAGAGAGGUCAGGCAGCGACAAACAGGCAAGACAACAGGCAGGCUGGAUGUUUAUGUCAUGAGCCCCCAAGGCCAGAGAUUCCGAUCACGAGCUUCUCUGAAGGCAUUUCUUGUGAAAAACGGUGAAGACAUCGAUAUCAAUCCCUUUGAUUUCACAACAACCAAAAGCGAUGUCACCUCUGUGCAUUUUCUUCCCUUUCGAGAGGAACAGAGAAGAAAGAAAAAAUACACAACAGGUGGACAGAAGGAAACAACACACAUACUGGAUCCACUUCCAGAUACAUUUCAAGGAGCAACCUCCUCCCACAGAAGCAUGUGUGCGGAGCUUGUUGAUGGUGACACUGUGAAGGAAGGUCCUACAGAAGCACGACAUGAGUGCAAUGACACAAAUGACAAGAGUCUGCAGACAGACUGGAGCCAAGCUGAACCUGCGCCGGUGCAUGACGAUGUCACACUGCAGAAGAAGCCUUUGAGGGUGGGGUUGCUGAGAGCGAAGCUUCUCAGACUGGAUCCUCUUGGGGCGCCACAAGAAGUAGAGACAUUUAAACCAUCUCUGACUGUUGAGCCUCCCACUGCAGAUGAAGAUGGGGCAGGUGAAGAUGAAGUGCAGAUUGAUACAGUUGAUAACGGACUCAAUCCUGAACCGGAGGGUGACAGUUAUCAAGUGGUGGAAGAGAAGGUGUCACUAUCUGCUGAAAACUGCACACCAGUGCAAAAUUCCAGGAAUAAGUCCAAAAGUUUAGAAGACAAACGGAAAACAAGCCCUUAUUUCAGCAGGAAACCUUUUGCAGAAGGUCUCAGUCCUCCUCGCAGGAAGGCCUUCAAGAAGUGGACCCCUCCUCGUUCUCCUUUCAACCUUGUACAGGAAACCCUCUUCCAUGACCCAUGGAAGCUACUGGUGGCCACCAUUUUUCUGAACAAGACUAGUGGUAAAAUGGCCAUUCCUGUUCUUUGGCAAUUCUUUGAGCGUUACCCAUCUGCAGAGGUAGCCCGGCAGGCCGACUGGAAGGCCAUGUCUGAACUCCUGAAGCCACUUGGUCUGUUUGAGGUGCGGGCCAAAAUAAUCAUCAGGUUCUCAGAUGAAUAUCUAACCAAACAAUGGCGAUACCCCAUUGAGUUGCAUGGCAUUGGGAAGUACGGCAAUGAUUCCUACAGGAUCUUCUGUGUGGAAGAAUGGAGACAGGUGACCCCUGAAGAUCACAAGUUGAACAAAUAUCAUGCCUGGCUUUGGGAGAACCAUGAGACACUUGGAAUUUGAAGACUGCAUGAAGAGGUUUUGCGGACUUUCGCUGCUUAUUGUGUAUUACACUGAGGUUUUAGCCUGACUUUAACAUUAUCUCAUGAAUGUAAAAUGUAAUAAAACAAAUUCUUACAGUGUCUUCAUUAUCUUAAGAUGCUUGAACUUUUGCAGAUUCAUUCAUUUAUAGAGGAAAGUUUGUGUUCAGUGCAGAAGAGCACAUCUAAUUUGGCGCCAUGUGAGGGCCAGUGUACUGUGUGUUUUACACUGGCCCUUUCCAGUAUAUUGCAAUACUCAGAGUAACUUUUAGUUUGUUAAGAAGUUUAAGAGCAAUGUACAACAUCGAGAAGGGACUUUAAAUUGUUUUAGAGACAAAAUAUACGGUGGGGGAAACAAGUAUUUGAUUCACUUACAAAGAUAUUAACCGUCAGAGCUUUUAUAGUAGGUUAUUGGACUAGAGAGAGACAGAAUGUUAAAAUAAGAAGAAGUAACAAUAAACUAUGACUAGACUAUGAAUUAAUUUGUAUUUGAUUGAGGGAAAUACUACAGUGGUACCUCGGUUAACGUCCGACCCGGUUAGGGCGUUUUUCGGUUAACAAUCAAACUUUUUUGGUUGAAAUCUCG